AUGACACGAGUAUACUAUAAGGAUGCUCAUGGUGCUCUUGUCGUAUUCGACUGCACUCGUCAAAAUACCUAUGAUGGAGCGCUACGCUGGAAAACCGAUCUGGAUAGUAAAAUUACUCUUGCUAAUGAAAAACCAUUACCUUGUAUACUUCUUGCUAAUAAGGCUGAUCUUGACAAUAAAGUAACAGAUGACAAGCUGGAGGAGUAUCGUGAAAAAGGAGGCUUCCUGAAUGCUCUGAAAACAUCGGCGAAAGCCAAUUAUGGCAUUGAAAAUGCAUUUGGUUUAUUGGCAGAACAGAUCCUUGAAAUAAGGAAAAGUGGCCAAUAUAUAAUGCCAUAUUCUCAGGAUGAUCAGGCAGUCAAAAAGUUAUACAAUGUAUCAGAACGAAGAACAAGAAAAAAAUUUGACUUGAAAUGGCGAUCAUGCUGUAAUUGA